GUCCACCGAGAACGCCUGUAUACACAGCUAACUAGAAAACCAGAAAGUGCAGUUAUAGCUGUGUAUGUCAUCUGUGUGUGGAUUUUUAAAACAGAUGUUAUUAAGAAUGCAUGUAGCUGCUAAUCCCUCUAUUGUUUUAAUCUGUUGUAGAUAGGUUAUCUGGUUUGUUACCUGGUUUUGACAAGAUGUUGCCUGCUGAGGUCAAAGUAAGGCUGUCUGUUGUAAAUAUGUCAACAAGGCAGCGGUAGAGAGCUAGCUAACGUUUAAUCCACGUUUUUUUAACUGGCUAUCUAAUAAAGUCAAAGUACACGUAGUUAAACACCAUCUGAACACGCCUGUUCAUGUCGGGCAUGAUUCUGUGCAGAACACUGAAGAAAGUGCUUUUUAUACCAAAGUGCCAUCUGUUGUGGAGAUCUCAGGCUGGUAGGAAUCAACUCAGGAUGGCCUCAUCACAUCCUGUGGCAGCUGUUUGUCAGAUGACCUCCACCCCAGAUAAAGAGGCCAACUUUACCACAUGCGAACGUUUGGUCAAGCAGGCCAAAGAAGGCAGGGCCAGCAUGGUAUUCCUACCUGAAGGUUUUGAUUACAUUGGCUCCAGUCGAGAAGAGACAUUACAGCUGUCUGAAAGCCUACAGGGAGACACCAUCAGCAGAUAUACCAAGCUAGCCAAGGAGCUGAAUGUUUGGCUUUCUCUGGGAGGUUUCCAUGAGAGAGGGCACGACUGGGAAAAUGACAGAAGGAUCUAUAACAGUCAUGUUAUCAUUAAUGAACAAGGUGGGAUUGUGUCGGUGUACAGGAAAGGUCACCUGUUUGAUGUGGAGUUGGCGAAUAGAGGUGUGUCUCUAAAAGAGAGUGCUUUCACUAUUCCUGGGCCGAGUUUAGUGCCUCCUGUUGAAACACCCGUUGGAAAGGUGGGACUGGGUAUCUGUUAUGAUCUGCGUUUCCCUGAGUUGUCGCUGGCUCUUCAGAGGCAAGGGGCGGAGAUCCUGACUUAUCCAUCAGCGUUUACUGUGGCAACUGGAGCCGCUCACUGGGAGGUGCUUUUGCGAGCCAGAGCCAUUGAAACACAGUGUUUUGUUUUGGCUGCAGCACAAGUUGGAGCUCACCAUGCAAAACGUUCAUCAUAUGGCCAUGCGCUAGCAGUGGAUCCAUGGGGUGUGGUCAUGGGGGACUGUGGGGGGACAGAGGGUGGCGUGGCUUUGGUGGAGAUUAACCUGCAGAGACUACAGGACACUAGAAGGGACAUGCCGGUCCAACAGCACAAGAGGCAGAGCGAGUACUACUGUGGUCUGGAUUAAACUGAGAUGGACAGCGUAUCUACAAAGGAUGUUGAAUAUGGUUAAAGAUGGAGUUGGGAAUACCAUGUAAUUUUUUGUGGACCAGUUAUGCAUCAUACACUGUAUGUCCAGAUGUUUGUGAACACCCCUUCUAAUCAAUGCAUUCAGCUAAUUGAAGUUAAACCUAUUGCUGCACAGAUGUGCAAAUGCACACCCAGCUUGUGUAGUUUUUUUUUUAUAGAAGUAUUUCUAGAGAAUAUAACUCACUUGAGCAGAUAAACUUGAACCUUUUGGCAUCACAUCUAAUGCCAGACAUGGGCUAGUGAAAUAUAAAGCCCUCAACUGUGGAGCAGUGCAGCUGUGUUCUGUGGAACGAUGAUGCCCCAUCCAAUACUUUUGGGAUAGGUUGGGGACUUGUGAAUGAAAUGUGAAUGGAAAGCUGAGACAGUUACUCCAACAAAAGCAGAAUAUACUCUUUUCACUGCGGUUGAAUUUGUGAAUGUUUUUUUUUUUUCAGGAAUUUGGAGAUAAAUUAUGUCAUACACACCCAACUAUGAAUGAGAUGGGAUUUGGUUUUACAUCUGAACGGUAGUUAUAGUCCUGUGGGGGUUGAUGCUUUUCAAUAAAAUAUUAUUCAGUAAAAUGGAAAUACUAA